CAGUUUAGUGCAAUGGGAGGCAGUAGACCCAGCCAAGUUCUGCCGGUUUCACUCCAGUGUGCCACACUAAUGUCACUUUUGUAAUGUGUCAGGAUACUUAACUAAAGGAUGCUAAUGCAGGAGAUAAUACAUAAAAUUUUUAAGUGUAAGAAUGUAUCUUCUAAUAUCAUUAUCUCAUUAUAAUUAUUUAUAAACCCUCAAAACCGUUUUUUUGUAACAGAUUUUGUAUUUGAUGUGAAAGGAACUCUCUGGUACUAUUAAGACACACACACAAUCAGGGACAGAGACUCCAAAGUAGAUUGCCAUAGAAUAGGCAGUAGGGACAUAUCAUAGGUUCCACCUGCACUGAAGUACAACUGUGUUCUGUCAUGGUCACUUUGAAUUGUGUAGAUAAGAAAAUCAAUGCAAAAAAAAUUUGUUUUCAUGAUUCUCUGUGACAGAAAAAUCAUAUACCUUAGAGAUUAUGAAGUCAAAAAUUAUACUAAAAUAGGAUUGAUUUACUACCUAAUACUGAGAGCAAUUUUUAUAUGAAAAGAAAGUAAGAGAUUUAUGACCUCUGAGUGUUAUUAGUUGUAGUUAUAUUUGAACCCAUUUGGAUAUCUUUUAAUAUAUGAAUUAUUCUCAGAAAAAAAAUCAUUGGAAUUUUCAUUUAGAUGCUCAGUAUAUUUUUAAAUUGUACACUCAUUACUUGUCUUAGAUUUGUUUUGAAAGUUUCUUUAAAUAAAUAUUUUUACUAAAACCACAGGACACUAUAUUACAAAGUAUUAUUUAUUGAACCUAAUUCAUGAAAUAGUCUAUUUUUACUUCUCUUUGAGAAAUACUUGUGUUUUUGAUACAUCUCCAUUACAUACUUUUGACAUGAGAAGAUAUUUUGGUGUUUUUAUAGAACUGACUGUUAUUCGCAUUUUAGGAUACUUUGUAGGUAGUCUUCGCUUUUCCACUGAAAUGUAGACCUGGAAAAUUCAUUGGGAAGUGAAACAAGAACAAACCACCCAUUUUACCUGUGACCUAUUUUGAUUCACAGUAAAAUUUCAGCAACUCAAUAGCACCUCCAGAUGGUGUUUUUCUAUAAAGGGAUGAAUUUGCCUCUUCCUGCUGUAUGUUCAUUCGCUUCCAUUAAGCACUGAUAGGGCAAGCAGCAACCUUGGGGGAGGUGGAUGAUAGAGGACCCUUGGAAGAGUGUAGAUGCGUGCUUGUUUACAUAACGAUAGUAUUCUAGAGGUGGAUUACUGUGACCUGGGGAACAAAGGUAAAUAAAUAAAUGCAUGAUUUUUUAGAGACUGUCUAAUAGGCAGAUAGGAAAAAAUGCAAAACAACACAAAGCAGGGACUGCCUAUACAUAGUCUGUGAUAUUUAAAAGUAUACUUAUUUGUAUUUUUUGGCAUUGUGAAAAAAAUAAAUUUGUAUGAUAGUUUUGAUGAUGAAAGAUAGAAAUUCUGUCUAGUUUUGAAUGAGUGUUUUUUGAAGGAAGUAAAGUGUUAUGGUGCUAAACUUGACAAAGAAGAGACCAUUGAAAUGCUGACAGUUUACUAAUCUUAAGUGUUGAGAGGGGCAGAGAUUAGAAAUCGUGCCACCACCAAAAAAUGAAGUAGAUAAAAAUUUGUUUCAGAUUUCUAACUUGCAUUUCAGUUCAUUCAAUUUGUAAUAACUAUUAAUGACCUCUGUUUACAAUAAAAAUUCUGUAAACUGUUUGCUGUUAGUUUUUUAGUUGUUAUAUGUUAAUGGAUUUCCACUUGAUCAUGCAGACAUUAUAAAUGUAAAUAUGGCUUGAGAAUGGGACCCCAUCUGUACUUAUGUAAUCUCUCUGGAAUCAGAGUGAGAAAGUUGCGUGUUUGGAUAGUCCUACCCCAUUUGCAUUGCAGAAGGCCUCUCCCCAGUGUCCCAGGGAACUAACUGUGCACACUGUUACCAUGGCAAGAGGCCAGUGCCAGAGAUGAAAGGGUGAGGCCUUGCCACAUAGCUGGCAUGAUGACAGGAUGGGAGGAGCCUCCACGACUCAAGUCUGAAAUCCCUACCUGGCUGAUCCAGCUGUAGACCCACUUGAAACUACCUCAGGAUCUUAAGGCAUUAUGAAAAACUUCUAUUUCAGAGUUAUUACCAUAGUUAUAGGUCUUUUUUUUACUGCAACAAGAGAAAAUCCAUCCAGAAAAAGCAGUGUUUUUUUCAAUUCUGAGUACCAAAGUAAUGACUAUCUCCUGACAAAUUGUUCUACUGGAAAGCACAAACUACCCAUGAACACAUCACAGACAGCAGCCACAGUGAAUGUAAGCUUCAGUUUCUUUAGAGUUCUCUUAGGGUCUCACACGAAAAAAGAAGAAUGGAAAAUAAAACACCUGGACCUCAGCGAUACUCCUAUAUGGAAAAUUACCCUGAUCCCUCUCCCACAUUUACGUGCUUUGGAAAUACUCAACCUGAGCAACAGUGCCAUCCACUCCAUCUCACUGGAUCUAUUCAGUCCUCACUCCUCACCGGUAAAAUACCACAGAAGCAGAUUCCAAAAUGAACUUCUCUUUCUAAAGGUGCUAAUCCUUCAAAGAAAUAAACUCACUGACACUCCAAAGGGACUAUGGAAACUGAAGUCAUUGCAGAGUUUGGAUCUGUCAUUCAAUGGGAUAUUGAAGAUUGGACUGUCUGAUUUUCAUAACUGCUUGCAACUGGAGAACCUCUAUUUAAAGAGCAACAAAAUAUUCAAAUACCCAGAAGCUUUCAAGGACCUCGAAAAAUUACAGGUUGUAGACCUCAGCCACAAUGCUCUGACCACUGUCCUACCAAUGAUGACCAUUGCUCUAGAAUUUCCCCAUUUGGAAAUUGAUUUGACGGGUAACCAAUGGCAGUGUGAUGACAGAGUGACAGUCCUUCAAAGUCUCAUGUCUGAGUCCUGGAGGAGAAAGUGGCAUGUACUUUGCAAGAAGUCUGUAGGGAAUGAGAAGGCAUAUUUGGAGAGUCCCAAAAGCAGAAUUUCCAGAGAGAUUCACCUUCCUCCUCCUAAUCUGAACUACAUGAAAAGCUUUCUAAGGAACAAAGCAGCAAGGCCCCAGGGAGGAACGUCCCUGCACUUUUCCACUCUGAGGAAGGAGGCGCACGCCGGCUCUGAUCUCAGGGAGAUGCAGGGACAGCUGCCAAGAGUGGGCAGAAAUGCUGGGGAUGUGCAAGCUGCUGGCAGAAAGGAGGAUGCUUCCCAGGACCUCAGCCUGGCCAUCUGCCUGUCUGUGUUCAUCACGUUCUUUGUGGCUUUCUGCCUGGGGGCUUUUACAAGACCUUAUGUUGACAGACUGUGGCAACAAAGAUGCUGGCACAAAAGCCCUGGUUCAGAUAAUGCCUAUUCAAAUGAGGGCUUCUAUGAUGAAGUCGAAGCUGCAGGGCGCACACAGCACUCAAGGACAGAUCUGCACCAAGUUUUGCACCAUCCAAACCUCUAUGAGAACCAGCACUCUUUUUUGGUGACAGAGCUAAGUCCACGUGCCACUAUCAUGCCUGACAAAACUCUGGGAAGCAACAGAAAGGAUCCUAGCAAUCAACAGAGCUCAGAACAAUGCAGGGACAACACUGGGGCAGGAAGUAGGAAUGAUAACAUGCUUCCAAACAGCAGUGCAGCCCAUCUGAAUCUCUGGAAACAUCCACAUGCUGAUAAUGAUGAGCUAAUUUCAGCAGCACAGGAUCACAUCUAUAGGAAUGAUAUCAGAGAAUUAAAUUAUGAAACUGUGGCCCAGGAAUAUUCUCCCAGUGAGCAUUCAAUGGGUGACUCUGCCAUAGCUGGCACAUUAAGAACUUCCUCUGGCUCAACCCAUGAUCAUUUGAAUGUAGGCCCAUCACUCUCCAGAGAGGUGACAGCUUCUGAAUCCAAAAUGCUAACACAUGCAAAUGCACAGAGGACUGGAGAGAGUAAGGAAAUAAGGGGCCCUGAACCUUUGGAAACAACAAGUUUGCAGAUGGAAUUUUCUGAGAAAAUGCAAGUGAACCGUUUCAUCAGCUUGCUGAGUGCACAGCAGCCAGGGAGCCAGGGGACCAAGGCUGAGGAAGAGCAUUCAGCCAUCUACAGUGCAGUCGCAGGCGGUCCAAGAGAUGCAGACCCAUCAGCCUUCCCACCAAGAUGGGACCAUGAGCUCAGUGUCACUCCUGUUAAUGUGAAGCCAGUGCCAAAAGAUGCUCCCUCUAAUACUCAGUAUGAGACUGACUACGAUUCCGACGAAGGGUCUUUGUUCACCCUCAGCUCAGAGGGUUCAGAGAUUACAAGGGACAUGACUGAGGAAGAGACACAUGGUGAGGAGAGCAGUGGGGCCACAGAGCCCCUGCAGGUUGAGAAACCAGGGAUACACAAGGACAGUGUGACAGGGGAAAGUCUUCAGGACGACAUGACCUUCCAAACAAUUUUAGGACAAUAUGAAACUCAGGAAGAUAAUUCUGGAAAAUCUCUCAUUUCUGAAUCAGACUCUGGUUUGUGCAAGACUCAUUUGGAAAGUGCCUCUAACAUCAAUAAAUCUGAGGACCCAUUAACCUGGCCCAGAUCCCUGGGCAACAGUCCUUCAAGUGAUGAGAUUCCAGACAUGUUCAUUUAUGAUUAUGGCACAGCUCCUCAGGAGGCAGUAGAAUGGCAUUACUCACUUAGAGACCUAGAAUUUUCAAAUGUGGACAUUUUGUCUCAAACACCUCCACCUUCUACUGAAGAUCCCUAAAUCCUGAGGAGGGAUCCUGCCAUGAAAAAGACUAGACACUUGUAGAUAUGAGCCUUUCAUGCAAGGAGUAGACACAGCUCAAAAAGAUCUUGCUUUCAAGAUUUCUACAGGGGAAAACUUAAAGAUUCCCAAGGGGAUCGCCAGGAUGCCAACCAAAUGGACACUGAAGCAAAUGAGGGGUUUUAUGUCUACUCAAGAACUGUGAUUCCAGAAAAGUCAUAGGCCUGAAUGCGGUUGUUACAAUCCUGUGGUGAUGAGCUGACUCUUAGUGUGAAAGGGGAGAAUAUUUUGAAGAUGGGUCCAAAAACCAAGCACUAUCCUUACAAGACCUUCCAGAUAAACCCAGUUCACCAAGAGCACACAAGCACUUCGGUCAUAGAAGCCAGGGUAAACAUUCAGAGGAGAAUCCGUAGAAAAAGGUGAUUCCAAACAUCCAUGCUUGGAUACAGACCCAGAGCCAUCUGAUGGGAGUUGGCUGUGUAUGUGAAAGUAGAAUAGCUCCACUGUGACAAAGACAAGGACAUUCAAGUGACAUUUUAGUCCACAUCAAAGCACUUACAUGGAAAUGCUGAAGAGAUUUUAAUGAAUUCUCCACAGAGACCAGUACAGCUUUAUGGAGAUUGAUCAUGAAACUGCAAAAUUGGAAGAGUUCAGAACAAUUUAAAUAUUUUUAAUAAGUUACAGAGAAGCGAGACCAUUUUCUAGAACAAAAUGUUAAUUAAAGUUCAGUUUUCAAGAGAAGUGAUAUUUUCUGUAAAAGAAAAAUGUCCAUCACUAUGAUCCUUGAUGAGCCUUCUUGGUGUAACUCUCCAGCUUGUUCUCUCAUGAGCUGUUCUGUUUAUCUUCCAGCUUCUCUGACAUUUUCUCAUUUUCCUUCUUGACUUCUUUGCUUGCCCUCUUAAAGACAGUAUUCCUCCAGGAUUGUUCCCCAAUCGUUCUUUAUGACCCCUUUGCCAGCACCAGGGAAUGGCGAAGAAACAAUACUACAAAUACUCUACUCACAGGGCCAAGACAGGUUUUGCAGGGACUGAUGGAAUGUUCUGGCAAAUGUGGAACCUACUGCUUCAACAGCCAGCUUGAUAUAGAUGAUGCCAGAUCUGCACAAGGCUCAACCUCCCUCGUGAGCUCCAGACUUACAUCCUCAACCCCUGUUGCUCAAUCCAUAUGAAUUAUCCAGCACAUAAAAUUCAUCAUUUUCCUUCACAAACAUCACAUCCCAUAUUGCCUUUUUUCAUUAACAGUAUCAUGUUACCUUCCCAGUAAAUCCAGUUAGUUACAACUUCUGACUUAGUUCUGACUCAUUCUCUUUCAUUUCUGAGUGACCUCUAAGCCAAGUGCAUUGGAAGUUCCUGGAUGUCUAUA